CGGAUGUUACCGCAUGCGCAGUACGGACCCGGCUGUGUUAACAGGCUCCCGCAUCGACAAACAACACAUUUGAACACUCAAUCACCGACCAAUGGAGUUACCGAUGGGGGAGCGCAUUUUCCAGGCGGAUUACAUCCAGAGGAAACGAUAUCGCAAGAGUCGGAUAGAGUACCUUGUCAAAUGGAAAGGAUAUACUGUCAAGCACAGCACAUGGGAACCCAAAGGGAAUAUUUUGGAUCCGUUGCUUAUAGCGGAAUUUGAACAGAAGAGAAUGAACUGGAGAAAACGGCAAAAAGUUCAGAGAGCUGAGAGAAGACGACAGAGCCAGAUGUUGGCUUGCAGUCCGCAGACGAGCGACGCAGUAGCAGACGACAGUGAUGUCGAAGACCGUCCCCUGUCUUUGUUCGAGCGAACGUCCAACAAUUCCCUCGCCUCCGGUCUGUGGUCCUGCUACACAGCAGAUGCUCAGUGCAAGACAUCGUCGUUGUUGUUCGGGGAUCAUCGGAGAAAUUCGGACAAAGAGAGUGACUCGGAGCAUUCCGUGGACAAUAACACGAGCGACAACGGCAACGUUACGGAAACGGACUGUAACGAAGGAGAUUUGUUACUCCCGACGGAAAGUACCGAUGUGGAGGAUAAGUCGCCAUCUGUUGAAACGAACUACCAGGCUCCCUUUUGGAGGGCGUGGAGUACGCCGCCACUGACGGAUAACGUGAACCACAAUCUCAACCUGAUAACCCCGGCACGCGCUGUCGUCUGCGAGCAAGGGGAGAUAACUGCAUGUGAAGCGCUAAUCCGACUAGGGGACACGACGGACACUGUGAACAACAACAACAACAACGGCAGCAAUAACAACAGCUCCGCGUGUUACAAUUCGCUGGACAAUACGAAGGAGAGUUCUGUGUGUGAUAUGAACUGCAGCAGAUCGCAGCCGACCCGGAAGCAGAUGUACUACCCGGCGACUGGCGGCGAACCCAUGCAGGUGCUCGUUACCGACGUCACGUUAAACUGUGUCAAAGUGACGUUCAUGGAAAGCCACACGCAAAAAGGAUUCUUUAAGAGCGCGCAUACCGACAUGGAAACGGACUGAACAAAGACAUAAUAUUCUCUCUUCUUUUUUUUAACGACCGACAUCGAUUUGCGAGGUGAGGGUCGGUGGAGGGAUGGAAGGUGGGGGGGGGGGGGGGGGGGCGAAGGCGUUGUUAACCACUCUCCAUAUCUGCCAAACAGUGUGAACAUUCGGAAAAAUAUUUCAACUGAAUUCAUGCAGAAAAUUGGGGGGAAAUCCUGAUGCAUUGAACUCCUUCAGGUAGAAACCUGUGCUGCCCUGGAGUAUUCAUAUACGCCUUUGACUGCCGAUGUCGUUACGAUGAACAUCUACUGUUGUUUUAAACGCGGCAGACACACAAAACGGGACAUACGCAAAUUGUUAAGUUUUUUCCGCCGUUAAUUGUGGGCAAACAUUGGCUCGUUGUUUCAGGUGCACUGUGGUCAAACAUCACGACAAUUGUUUCAUGUUCCACCGUCGUGUUUAGACUUACAUUUCAUCUCUUCUCCCUGGCCACGUCUCGCUCUGUGUGUGUGGUCACGUGUUGUAAGUGCAAUUCUGUGAUUGGCGUGUUCAAUGUCAUGUACUGUAUCACCUCUAAAACAUAUCUGCACAGUUUGUGUUGGUGGAGAUGCAUCUUGUUACAUCUACAAGUUUGUCUUUUAACUGGAACACGCGUAUCCAACAUCUUGUAUUUGCAAGAGCAUAAUAUUAUAGAUACUAAAACAUUCGAUCAAAAUAUAUUGACGGAUUUACAUCGUGUUACAUUUCAAAUAUGUUUGCAUUUACAAGCAUGUUUACGGUAAAGAGACGGAUAUCUACAUCUUGUUACAUCUACAGGCAUGUACGGAUACGGGAGUACAUUAGACCAAUCGGUGUCCGAUGGAUAUACAUUUGGGUACAUUUGCAAGCAUGUAUUGACAUGGGAAUUUUGUCCACUCCAUGGAGAGCUAACUGAAAAGUUUGUUGUGAAACCGGAUGGUUAUGAAGUUCCUUUGAUGAUAAUAAAAAUACGUACAUGCA